AUGCACCCGUACCCGGCCGCUAUCCGAUUAUCCAGCACCACUGCACCAGGUUUGGGUUGGGUUUUACCGUCGAGUAGUUGGGUACCCAUCAGUUACCUUGAUAAAAUCAAACAAGAUUACAAGAAGAAAAUGGCUUACAGUGUAUUAUGUGGCCUUGGCCUUCUGGAGCAACUGUUGUCGUGGCCGUCCGGAGCAGCCAGAAAUCAGAGGCGGCCGCGAGUGAGGGCAGCGGGAAGCGGUGGCCGGUGGGGAGAUGCCGAGAUGAGAUGGCCGAUGGGAAUGAGUAUGCGAAAGCGGUGGCCUUCUGGAGCAAAUGCUUGUGAACUGAUUUGGCAAGCAACCUUCACUCCCGCCGAAGAGCCGCCACUCCUUCAAUUGGACCGCCGACGACGUCCCCCCGAUAGCUACGACCGUCGACGACAACCUUCAAUUCGGCAGUGCAGUGAGAGAUUUGAACUGAUUGGAACUUGCAAUAGUGAUGAUAUUGUUACAAGUGGUACUCUCCUUAAUGAUGAUGAGUACUUGGAGGAGAACCAUAGAUUUUUGGUUCCCAUUUUUGUAAUUUCAUCUGUUGCAGAAGAGCUUAUGGCAUUCACAAAUAUUAUACCAGAGUGGUUAUGCAAGCAACUGCAAGAUCGAACCUUGCAUAGUUUUUUGUCCCCACUGGAGUCUACGACUUGGACCUGCUAUUCAUUUGCUCCGGAAAUGGUGUGGGCCGGGGAUCCAAAUUCACUACUUGUUAUGGAGGACGGGGUGGAUACCAGUCUGGCUUUCCUGCCUUUCAAGCCAAUGGCAAUGAAAGUUCUCCAGUCUUCUUUCCUCUCAGGAUUGCAGCUGCAAAAGUCGCGCCAUCUACUGCAUAUAUUACAACCCAAGCAUGUUCUGUAUGUUUUCUGCCUUGCCUUGGACCAGUUUCCCAAUAUCCUGAAGCAGCAUAUUAUGAGUUCUCUUGAAACUUCAUUUUCUGUCAGCUACUACCAUGAAAACGAGACGCUACACAUCCCUUACACAAAGCAUCACGGUGUCGGAGCCUGGGAAAGCCGUUGUCGAAGUCAUGGGGGCAAAAACGUCAAUUACCAGCGGAGAUGA